UUUAUUUGUCUUUAGUAAUAUUUUGUCCAUGGUUACGUUUACGUAAUGCAGGUAUUGCAAAGGUGUGCUGUUAGAUCUUUUAAAGAUGGCUGCGAUCACUUCGUGCACCUGCAGAAAUGUGUUUCGUCAAGUCAGAGCUUUGCAUACAGGAGCGGUUCAAAAUGCUGAAGCCAGACUUAAGACUUUUUCAGUUUACCGUUGGAAUCCAGACAAGCCUGACGAGAAACCAUACAUGCAAAAAUAUAAAAUUGAUCUGAAUGUUUGUGGUCCAAUGGUACUGGAUGCACUAAUUAAAAUUAAAAAUGAGAUGGAUCCAACUUUGACAUUCCGUCGUUCUUGCCGUGAAGGCAUUUGUGGUUCCUGUGCUAUGAAUAUUGGAGGAACAAACACAUUGGCAUGCAUCAGCAAAAUUGAUACAAGCACAAGUACAUCAUGUGAGGUUUAUCCCUUACCACACAUGUAUAUCGUCAAGGAUUUGGUACCAGAUUUAAAUAAUUUUUACACUCAGUAUCGCAGUAUACAACCUUGGCUGCAGCAUCAAGACACAAAGGAAAUGGGCAAGCAACAAUAUUUGCAAAGUGUAGAAGACCGAAAAAAGCUGGAUGGUCUCUACGAGUGUAUUCUCUGUGCUUGCUGCAGUACCUCUUGCCCGUCCUACUGGUGGAAUGGUGAUAAGUAUUUAGGCCCUGCAGUACUUAUGCAAGCUUACAGAUGGAUUAUUGAUUCGCGUGAUACUCAGGCAAAGGAGCGUCUGGAGAAAUUGAAAGAUCCAUUUUCAGUCUUUCGCUGUCAUACGAUCAUGAAUUGCACACGUACUUGUCCAAAGGGUCUGAACCCUGGCAGAGCGAUAGCAGAAAUCAAGAAAUUAUUGGCCAAUGUCAGCCAGAAACAGCAACCGAGUCUUAGCUGAACGGUCUCUUUAUGUUUAAGCAGAACCAGGUAGAAUUAACAAUUUCUAUAUACUUGUCUGUAUUGCGUUACUACGUGCAGCGAACAUGUAGUCAGUGAAAUAUUUCAUAUAACUAAUGAUAUGUACGGAUCUACGAAAAAAAGCAGACGAAACGUCUUCUAAAAAUUGAAAGAUCAGUCACACUACUUGUAAAUAAAAGGAGUUUCCCGCA